CGUGUUAUUUACGUUUGUAAAUUGCAUUUUUUGUUAAUAAAACCCUGCAUUCCAGCCUAAAGCCUGAACAAUAUGCAUUCCCAGACGAAUCUCAUUGCAGUACUGCUGCUGGCAGCUUUAAUUCACGAAGGCUCUGCAAUUUGGUGCUACCGCUGUACUUCGGCCACUCCCGGCUGCGCGGAGAAGUUUAACUGGCGGGGAAUAGGAUUCCUGGGCGAGCACUGCCCGGAACCCGACGACAUCUGCGUCAAGGUGACCGAGCGACGCGGCGCCAGGGAAACCAUCACUCGCGACUGCCUCAGCGCUCUGAGCUUCCGCAAGGACAUUCCCGCCGACAAAUACGAGGGUUGUAGACCAGCCGCCCAUGAUGAGAAGUUGGCGAACUACGUCAAUCACACGAUCAAGGAGCACGACGUGCGACGGGACUACUACACGGACACCACGUUCUGCUUCUGCUUCCUGGACCACCGCUGCAAUGGGGCCAGUGGCCUGCAGGUGUCCGCCUUGAUGGGCCUCCUCACCCUGGUCACCACUGCCCUGCUCCUCCGCUAGAAUCUCCGCGAGAAGGAGGAGCGCCCAAGUGCCUUACUAACUCACUGAGCAACGACGAAUCUCGUCCUACAUUCCGUCCGCACUUUUUGUACAACUUUUUGACUAGCUUUACAGCUUUGUUUACUCAACUAAUUAAAUACAUUUUACCAUAUUUAUAAACAGGA